CUAAGGACUAUGAGUAACAUCCAGUAGGUGGCAGCAAUACGCCAGUGAUGCGUCUAGUCCGCCUAAUUCAAUGAGGAAGAAGAAAGUAACUCAGUGUUUCUGCCGGAACUUCACAGUGUGACACCCGGCGGAUGUAAACAAAGAAGCAUGAGCAGAGUUAGCUUCACUGCUGUAUUAUAGUAUGAAUGAGAAAUAUCAGAGCGAUAAAGUAACGAUGUGUUCAGUUGAGUAUCUGAGAGAGUUGAUCAGCGACAGACUAGCUGCUGCUGUUGGAGAAAUAUUCACAGAGUUUGAAAAAAACAUCGUCCAGUACCAGGAGGAGAUCGAUCGUCAGCGCAGACUGCUGGAUGUCAUCUGGAAACCACACAUCCCCUUACAACCCAUAGAGCUCCCACAGUCGUAUGUCUGUGAGAAUGAGAAGACUGUUGUUGACCAUCAGCCCCAUGACCAGGAGAGAAACUCCAUGGUGGACCAUGAGGACCCAGAACCUCUACGGAUUAAAGAUCAGCAGGAGGAACUCUGCACCAGUCAGGACCAAUCAAACCCAGAGUUUUCUCAAAUUAAAAUGGAACAGGAAGAAUUGUGUACCAGUGUGGACCAAUUAAACCCAGGGUUACCACAAAUUAAAGUGGAACAGGAUGAACUCAUCUCCAGUCAGGAGGAAGAGUUAAUUGGAUUGAAACAGGAGACUGAUACCUUUGAGGUGACUCCUGCUGAUGAGGAAAGUGACCACAGUGAACCAAAACCAAACAGUGAUCAGCUCCUGUUUGACGUCUCUUGUGUAGCUGAGAGCCCAGAUCAGGAAGGAUGCAAGGAUGUAGACUCAGAAUCAACUAGAUGUAUCGAGGAGAAACCAAGACAUCAGAGUAACAGCAGUCACAGUAAUGAUGUAGACAAUGCUCCAACGUCAGCGAGACAGUGUGAUAAUGACAAGGCAAGAAAAUCUGCAACAUGCGAGGUCUGCGGAAAAGCUUUUAGGUAUAAAUCAGAUUUAGUCAGACAUCACAGAACCCACACAGGUGAGAAGCCGUAUUCUUGUGGAACCUGUGGGAAAAGCUUCAGUCGACGGACAUCUUUGACUGACCACAUGAGAAUUCACACAGGUGAGAAGCCGUUUUCUUGUGGAACCUGUGGAAAAAGCUUUCGACAUCGGCCCUGUUUGACUGCCCACAUGAGACUUCACACAGGUGAGAAGCCAUAUUCCUGUGGAACCUGGGGAAAAAGCUUCAGUCAACAGUCUUAUUUGACUGCCGACAUGAGAUGUCACACAGGUGAGAAGCCAUAUUCUUGUGAAACCUGUGGAAAAAGCUUCAGUCAUCAGACCUCUUUGACUGUCCACAUGAGAUAUCACACAGGUGAGAAGCCAUAUGCUUGUGGAACCUGUGGGAAAAGUUUCAGUCAACGGUCCUAUUUGACUGCCCACAUGAGAUAUCACACCGGUGAGAAGCCAUAUUCCUGUGGAACCUGUGGAAAAAGCUUUAGUCGACGGGACUAUUUGACUGCCCACAUGAGAUGUCACACAGGUGAGAAGCCGUAUGUUUGUAGCACUUGUGGAAAAAGAUUUUCUGGUUCAUCAGCACAUUAUACGCACAUGAACGUUCACAAAAUGGGAAAGCCAUAUUCUUGUGGAACCUGUGGUAAAAGCUUCAGUCAACAGUCCUAUUUGACUGCCCACAUGAGAUGUCACACAGGUGAGAAGCCAUAUUCCUGUGGAACCUGUGGAAAAAGCUUCAGCCGUAGUUAUCGAUUAAAAGCCCACAUGAGAAUCCACACAGCUGAGAAGUCGUGAUCCUGAAACAUCUGUGGAAAACAUAAUGUCAGAACUAAGCUUCAAACAACAUGGAAGAAUUGGUACAGGUUAAA